UCUUUCCCCUCUUCUCUUUCUCCUUUUUGCUUUUUUCUCCAUUGAAUCUCAGAGGGAGAAGCAUGUCAAAGCCACUGGAGAGAUACCAAAAACUCGUCCUCAAAGAGUCAUUGCCCAAAAUCCACAGGUACCCUUUUGCCUGCAGAGAGCUCAGCUUAAUCCUCAGAGGCGCUUACAAGAAAUUCCCCAAGAAUCUCCAAUCUCUCAUCUUCCAAGACACUCUCACGGCCUUUCGUCUCCUUCCCGAUUGUUUGCUUUUCUGGGAAGCUAGAAUGCAGACGCGCAAUGCUGUUUUGGCAGCCCAUCUCCUCCUCCAGAGUGCCGAGGCCACGUUGCCGAAGCAAAAGAAGAAUCUGGCUGUCGCAGAAUACAAGAACGCAAUGGUUGCUCAUAAGAGGCGCAGUAAAGCACGCCAAGAAGAAAAGGUUUCGGGUUCAACCCAGCUGCCACAAGAUGUUCUUGUUCACAUAUUUGGUUUCCUUGAUAUGCAAUCCUUGGCCUCUGUUGGACUAGUCUGCUGGUCGUGGAACAUAGCGGCAAGUGAUAACCAUCUGUGGGAGACACAAUACACUACUUUCUUCGGGAAUUCUGAGGAUGAUAAGCUGAUUAAGGCUAGGAAAAUUAGUGGUCGACAGGUUGAAGAUGAAGAAGGGUACACACUAUUUUGGAAAGAAGCCUUCAAAAGGGCAUAUUUAGGCAGCUCAUCGAAGAAAUUGAAAUCCGGUAGGGGAUACUGUAGAGACUGCAACACGAUUGUUUGGCUUGACAACAGGAAAUGCUCAAAUGAACAUAGGGGACAAAAUUCAGAAAACCAGCAAAUUAAGCCCGUGUCACCAAAUCAGGUGGUUGAGUAUCUGUUGGAUGAUUCUAUAUCAAUGGUAUCUUCUUCGGACAGUGAUAGCGAUUCAGAUGAAGGGCCAUUUUCCGGGUUAUGGGCCUACAGAAGACCCUUUAGCAAGAGUCAGUGAAACCUUUCAUUUAAACCUGAAUACCAGUGUGUAGAGAUGCUUGAUUAGGGAUGUGGAUACGAUAAAAACUUACCCAUCGUAUGUGUUUAGUAAAUAACUUAUACGAUAACUGAACUUCUUUUGUCAUACAAAAUUAGGUUUGUGUUUAGUAAACAACCUAUACGACUCAGUAUCUUUAUUUCGAGUUUAGAUAGUUUAUACGAAUUAGUAUCAUUUUUAUAUUUA